UAAUUUACCUGGAAAUGCUUCACAUCCAGUAAUUAAAGAUUCUUUAAUGUUUUGUAAAUAUAGCAAAUAUCUAUAUAUUUCAGCAGAUGUAAAUGUAUCAUUCUCUGAAAGUGAUCUGACUGAAGGUCUUUUAUUAAGAAAUUCAAGAUCUUUUACUUCCAAAAGCCUAUAA